AUGAAUCUUCCGAAGGCAGAGUUUGCGUUCCUUUCUGCCUGCCAUACCGCCGAACAGUCUCACGAAGUUGUGCAGGACGAAGUGCUUCAUCUAGCUGCAGCAAUGCAGUUCUCCGGUUUUCGAAGCGUGAUUGGGUCGAUGUGGGAGCUGCUUGACAAGGACGGGCCUUUUUUUGCGAAGACGGUUUAUGAAUACAUGUUGAACUGUGACGAGGGCGAAGCGAAGUAUAAGCGGGCGGCUGCUGGGCUUCGUAAAGCAGCUAUAGAGCUGAAAGAACGGGCUGACAUUCAGACUGAGAGAUGGGUCAACUUGAUUCACAUAGAAUCUGUUAUAACAUCGACUUGCACGGAAAGCAUAAUAUUGCAUACUGGCUUCAUUCGCAUAGUAGAGAACGAGGUUAUGCAGCCCUCCUUGGGCAUGUUCCCAAUUACUGAUCAUGAAAUCAAGGAUGACUUCAAGUACUCUGUGUUGUCUGUAUCAAAGGACAAAGCUUGA